UGUUAUAACUGAAGGUAAGAUCGUUUUGUGGGCCAUAGUUCCCUUCCCUUCACACAGUCCCGCUUAUAGCGUGGACUCAAUAACGCGGGCUGGGCCACUCAACGCUGUAACUAUUGUAAACAGCCUGAUAAAGAAAGUAGGUCAGAUACCUAUUCGCUUCAACGGUCGGUAGCCCUCAACCAGUGGAGGUUGUCAGGCGAAAUUCUUUCGAUCGUUUCAUCAUUCUAAUAGAGUUUAUAUAUCACCCGCCGUGCAAUACCAGUAACUUGUGAUGAAGCUGUGUCCAGCGCAUCUACUGCUUGCCUAGUCUCGCAGCUGUACAACAUGUUGUCACGGGUCGUGUUGAGCAAUGUCCGACCAGGACAGGCCAUAUCGGCCGCGUCUGUCUUGUGUCGAUUCAAGGCGACGACGUCGUCAACCCAAGCCGACGAUGAUGUUGCAGACGUCAAACCGUUCUCGGCGCUGCCCGGUCCGAAGGGUUUGCCUUUUGUCGGCACUGUGUUCGACGUCAUAAAGAAUUCGUCGCGGAUGAAUAAAAUGAUCCAGAAACGUCACGAAACGUAUGGACCCAUCUACCGGGAGAAGAUGGGAGCGAUAAAUGCUGUGUUUCUGACGGACGUUGAAGCGGUCGAGCAGCUGUUCCGACAGGAUGCGAAGCACCCACGUCGAAUCGACAUUGAACACUGGAUUCAAUACAGGGAGGAACGAGGGCUGAAUAAGGGACUUCUCAUGUCAUCAGGCGAAGACUGGCAUUCCUUGAGACGAGUGAUCGACAAACACAUGAUGAAGAUCAAGACGGUGGAGUCCUACACCGGAGAGUUUAACAAGGUUGUUGUAGAGUUCUUGGACCGAGUAAGCAGGAUUCGAACCUCGGACAAUGAGUUGCCUGCCUUGGGCCUGGAGCUGUUCAACUGGUCUCUGGAAUCCAUCGCCCGUAUCCUGUACGAGAAGAGACUCGGGUGUCUGUCGGACGACAGGAGCGAGGACACCCAGGUGUUCAUCCAGAGCUCCCAUGACAUCUUUGAGACAACCAGGAAGAUAAUCUUCCUUACACCGAGAGCAGCCCGGAUCUUGAGGCCGUUCGCCUACAGGAAGCAUAUAUCUGCCUGGGAUGAAGGUUUCCGUGUUGCGCACAAGACCAUAGACGAAAGAAUCAGGGAGAUACGAGAGACGAAGGAGGAAGGAGAACACGUGGGAUUUAUCACUCACUUCCUGAACGAGGACAGCAUGUCUCUGAAGGACGUGUACGCCAACAUCUCAGAACUCAUGGGGGCAGCCGUAGACACGACAUCAAACACCGCGCAGAUGGUGUUGUAUGAGUUGUCGAGAAACCCACAUGUACAGGACGCCAUCUAUGAAGAAAUCUCACGAGUUGUUCCCCCUGGCGAGCAGCCAACAGCUGAUCAUCUGAAGGAGAUGCAUUACAUCAAGGCGGUCAUUAAGGAGACGCUCAGGUUGUACCCGACCGGAAGUGUAGUGAUCCGAAUCCUACAACAGGACGCUGUGCUACUGGGUUAUCAGGUGCCAAAGGAUACUAUGGUAUGGGUUGACCUCUACGGCUUCGGCCGUCUAGGACGUCACUACGAGGACCCCAACACAUUCCUCCCUGAACGCUGGCUCCGAGCUACCAGAACAGUUAGCCCACAUCCUUUUUCCUUUCUGCCGUUUGGAUUCGGUCCUCGAAUGUGUGUCGGUCGGCGAGUAGCAGAGUUGGAGAUCCAGCUGCUGAUAUCCCAGAUUGUGCGCAAAUUCAAGAUAGAGCCCGUGUCUAUGGAACCAGUCGAAAUGAAGACUGACCUCCUACUAUUGGCCAAAGAUCAAGUCAGAAUCCGUCUACACGAGAGAGACUAGACUCAAAUUCGCCUUGGAAAUACGAACUCAUUGCAGUCUGAUGUAGCCACCUGCAUUGUGUGUGGGGAUAUUUUAGAAACGCCAUCGAAAAAAACUAUAUACGAGAUCAAACGUCACGAGUAAUAAGUUUGUUGUGUUAUUGUAUUGUUAGGAACAAUUAAUAAGAUCGAAACUGUUAUUGUUGAGUUAGGCGCCGUUGACAUAAAAUACAUCGUUGCAUCACGUGUACAUUGAGGGCUAGUAUUCUAUUUCCCUCUGUUAUCCAUGUACAGUUUCUUAUAUUCACCAAGGACCAAUAGGUUUUCUUAAUAUAGGUGUUCAGUGGGUGUAUAUAUACAUAUGUGGUGUUAAACACUUGCCUACCUCAGCUGGGACACAACUCCAUUGUAUGUAUUAACGUUUUUAUAAUCACAAUAAAUUCAUUCAUGCAA